AUGAUAACAAAUCCGCCGUCUGUGAUAGGACCGCGCUUUAUUUACGAACCCCCUGGACAAGUGGAUUUUUUGAACACGCAGGGCGGGAGAGUGGAAUGUACGGCUCAUGGACAGCCACAGCCGACCGUUAGAUGGAUUAAGUCAGAUGGAACACCUGUAACGGACGUUGACGAUAUCUUGACGGUGCUACCAAACGGAACGCUAGUCUUUCCGCCAUUUGCGGAUUCCAGCUACAGCCGAGAUACGCACGCUAGCGUGUACGUAUGCAUGGCGUCCAACAGCGCAGGCGCAAUAAGAAGCAGGAACACGCGAGUAAACGCAGUUAUCCAGCGGACUUCGUACUUUGCAGAAGUGGAUGACCAGUACGUUGUUAGAGGCAUCACUGCUGUAUUCAAAUGCAAGAUAAAGGGCAUAGCCAAGGACUAUGUCACAGUUACGCAAUGGACACAAGGAGCCUCUACGAUAACUGCAAAUGAAAGAUUCAGUAUUCUUGACAACGGCGAGCUGCAUAUCCGACACAUUCGUGACGCAGACAGCAUCCCUGGAUAUCGGUGUACUAUUACAAAUAAGCUGACUAACGGUGUGAAGACAAGUGAUGAAGCCAAGCUUUUUGUCUACGACCCAACUGACAGCGCACCUGAAAUCGUGUCAAGCCUAGCUAGUAAGACGGCGACGAUGGGCGACACGGUGGAACUACCCUGCGUGUCUGUGGGGUACCCGCAACCAUCGCCUGCAUACGUCUGGAAGAAAAAUGGCCGAACCGUAACUUUGACUGACCGUGUCCAGCUUCUAGGGGGUAACCUGUUGAUAACGAAUGUAUCGCUGUCCGAGGCCGGUAGAUAUACAUGUAGCGCUGAGAACGGCCUCGGACAAGCUAGCAUACAGACAGUACUGACCGUUGUAGACCCGCUGAAAGUGUUUUUUGAUAUACAACACCAAGUUAUCGACGUCGGUAGUCCUGCUUACUUCAACUGCAGUGUGAGUGGAUAUCCAAUUGGUUCGAUCACGUGGUUAAAAAAUGGACAGCAAUUGGUCGAAGACGAGCGUAUCUUUAUAUCUGACAAUGAUACGAUGAUGAUUAUUGACCAAGUAUCACGUCACGAUAAAGGAAUGUACCAAUGCGUCGUGGAAUACCGACAAAACUCUGUGGAAGCAACUGUCCAGCUCUCAAUCGGAGCUGCCUUACCAAUCAUAAUAGAGAGUUUUGAGGAGCAAUUUUUGCAGCCUGGGCCGAAUGUUCAACUAACGUGCGUGGUGGCCGGUAACCCGACCCCCAACGUCACAUGGACAUUAGACGGACAACCCCUGGUAGAAAACGGGCGAGUCGGUGUCGGUGAGUGGAUCAACGAAGACGGUGACGUCACCAGUCACGUGAACAUCACAGGGCUGCGUGUAAUGGAUGGAGGAUUGUGGCGUUGCCAGGCAACCAGUCAAAUAGGAGACGCAUCCCACGAGGCCAGGAUAAAUGUCUAUGGAACGCCCUACGUUCGCCCGAUGGCAAAUAUAACAGCGGUAGCAGGGAGAGAUCUUGUAAUGCACUGUCGAGUUGCCGGUUACCCCCUCGAUGUUAUUGAAUGGCGGAAAGACGAGGAGUCGUUACCUACCAACUUGCGACAGGAAGUGUUCUCUAACGGGACGUUGAUCGUCGCUAACAUUGAAAAAGGUCGAGAUGAAGGAGAGUACGUUUGUACGGCGAGGAACUCACAAGGACAAGGCACCAGACGAAAAGUAUUUAUUACUGUUAAAGUUCCUCCAGAAAUCGAUCCGUUUGAUUUCCCACCGAUGCUGAGGCAGGGCGAUCGUACUCAAGUUCUGUGCGUGGUGUCCAAGGGGGACAUGCCUAUUACGAUAUCCUGGGAGAAAGAUGGUCACCCGGUACCGCCUGGUAUCGGAAUCAGUAUUACAAACACCGGCUUUAGCAGUACACUGUCCAUCAGUGAUGUUUCGAUGGUUCACCAGGGCAACUAUACUUGUGUUGUUAGUAACGAUGCUGCUAGUAUCUCUUAUAACAGCGAAUUAAUUGUCUUGGUUCCACCACGAUUUGAUGAUAUUCCCCAAGAUUCCUCAGUAGUGGUUGAUUAUUCGGUUACCAUACCUUGUUCAGCAGCUGGUACCCCAACUCCCAUAAUUCAGUGGAAAAAAGCCUUGGGUCCAGGGCCGUCCAAUUUUAUCCCACUGCCGCCAGACCCACGAUACAAGAUAGAGGAAAGAGGUAGUUUAACAAUAAAUCUGGCAGGAGAAGUGGACGACGGUUAUUAUCUGUGUCAUAUUAGCAGCGAUGUUGGAUCAGACAGUAAAACUGCCAAGCUCACUGUAUAUAUUCCAGCUUAUUUCGAGACACAGCAAGAGACCAUUAUGGUUAGGAAGAGUGAGACUGUGGCGAUGACGUGUGUUGCAAAGGGUCACCAAACUAUGACGAUUGACUGGAAGAAAGAUGGCGUUCUGUACACGCGAUUAGCAACAACAUUCUAUUCAAUUCAAACUAGACAUAUUGAUAAUCAACAUACCCAGUCGACUCUUGAGGUCUAUGAAACCAGAAGAGAAAACAGUGGGAAUUAUACGUGUAAUGCCGAAAAUCCUUAUGGUACGGAUGUUAAGACGAUAGAGCUGAUAAUACAAGAAUCACCAGAAACACCUAGCAAUUUGACGAUUAUCAGUCGAUCAAGCCGCUCCGUCAUCGUGAGCUGGAAACCUGAAUUUGACGGCAACAGUCCACUGACUGGUUUCACACUGGAAUAUAAGAACGAUUCUGAUGCGUGGCAGGGUGGGCUGCCAAAUGCACGUGCUGAAUUCAACCAAACAACGUACUCCAUAGAGGGGCUUCAUCCGUAUUACACAUAUAACAUACGCAUUUAUGCCUUUAACGCUAUCGGUGUCAGUCAGCCAAGUCAAGAUACGAUUUUCACUACACUAGAAGAGGCUCCCACUGGACCUCCGUUAAAUAUUGAACUGGAGGCUACAGGAUCUCAGACAGUCCUGCUACGUUGGCGGCAACCACGGGCAGAUUUACAGAAUGGCAUACUACAGGGAUACUACAUUGGGUAUAAGGAAUUCAAUACCACCGAUCCUUAUCUGUAUAGCACAGUGAACGUGGAAACACGAAAUAUAGAAACAUACACGCUACGAAAGCUGAAGAAAUUCACCAAAUACAGCAUUGUCAUCCAGUCAUUCAAUAAUAGAGGUGCAGGACCAGCCUCACCACCACAAGUAAUUCUGACAUUGGAGGAUGUUCCAAGCCAGCCACCACAGAUGGUACAAGCGACUGCACUCAGUUCUACCAGCAUCAUGUUGGUGUGGGGACCACCACCCCUACAGUCACUGAAUGGAAUACUCCAAGGUUACUGGGUCAUCUACAAACCAGUAACGAAUGACGAGGAUGAGACUCAAACACAUACGCAAGAGACAAAAGCCCUGCGAGCUAACAUUUAUGGCCUGCAGAAGUUUCGUAAUUACAGUAUCACUGUACUUGCGUACACCAGAAUGGGGGAAGGAGUACGGAGUGAACCGAUCUUCAUUAGAACGCAGCAAGAUGUUCCUGAGGAACCUGCCGACGUGAAAGCACACUCACAGUCUCCUACCAGUGUGAUGCUCUCCUGGCUGCCACCCCUCUAUCCAAAUGGAAUAAUCACAAAAUAUACUGUCUACACUCGCUACAAGGAAGGUAACACUGAGAUGACUGAAGAACUCGUCCUGGCGCCACCUCCUGUGACACUGUACCAUACAAUAACUAAUCUCCAAACGAACUAUGAAUAUGACUUCUGGGUCACUGCAUCAACGAUCGUUGGGGAGGGGAUACCCUCAAGGAUUGUGACGGAGAUACUCCUUCAGAGAGUUGCUGCUAGGAUCGCAUCUUUCCCGUUGAUCCUGACAACGCCAUGGAAACAAGAUGUGGAAAUCCCUUGUGUUGCCGUGGGAGACCCGAUUCCAACAGUUGAAUGGAGAAGAAAUAGGCUUACCACCGCUAUUGAGCCGACUGAUCAUUUACAGUUGUAUCAGAAUGGAUCACUUUACAUCACAGGAGCCCAACCACUUGAUGCUGGAAACUAUACGUGUCGCGCUCAUAAUCACUGGGGUACCGAUGAAAUACUGGUCCAACUCAAAGUACAAGCUCCACCAAAGUCUCCACGUUUGUCUGUGUCUCUGACGACCGUCACCUCUAUACAGUUGAAUUGGACCAGCGGUAGCAAUGGAGGAAGCCCCAUCAAAGGAUUUCGACUUCAUUAUAAAAGAGAUCAUGGAAGCUGGGAACGGGUCAUACUUGAUUCCAAAGAACGCUCUUACAGGUUGGGGGAUCUGAUAUGUGGAACACCAUACAAAUUCUACUUAGUUGCCUUUAAUAUGAUUGGCGAUGGAGACAGCAGUUCUAUCAUAGAAACCACAACAGCAGGAUCAGCACCUAUUGCACCCCAUGCUAGCCAGUUUGUCAAAGAGGUUAACUCAACAUCUGUCACGGUUUACCUGAAAGCGUGGCAAAGUGGUGGCUGCCAAAUCACAUCAUUCACCAUCCAGUACCAAUUCAACGGACAACCAGAUUGGAAUCUUGUGGCAAAUGAAGUCCCUUCAUCAGACGAUUUCACGAUCCAUGAUCUGAGACCAGCCACUCACUACAUAAUACGAGUGACUGCAUACAACGCAGCAGGACCAAGCACCAUGGAGUCCACGGUUGCUACACUUAAAUAUGACGGUAGUACUAUUCCACCAAUCAUAGUGCAUCUAGAAGCUCAUAAGAAUGGUUUGUUGUUCUAUGAAGAUCCACGAAUCAUGGGACCAAUCUUUGGCGGUAUCACCAUAUUAGUUGUCACGUUGAUUGUUACUAUUAUGGGAUAUCGGAGAAGUAGGAGGCGAUGGAAAGCCAAGAAUGCCAAAAAAAUAAGUAAUUUAGCAGCUCUGGCCGCUCAAGGUGAAAGUGGGGCUGCUGGUUUCAGUCGACAGAAUAGUCUAAAGCGCAACUUUACUGAUCCCCCUAGUCAAGCUGCUGCUGCUGCUGCCACGGCAACAUCAGAACAGGAGCCAUUCCUGUCACAGCCAGGGGUCACGUUGAACAAUUCUCCAUCGGGUGAGUCCUCUGAUAGCCGUCCAGAAGCUGAACGUUCUCGUCCCUGGGUGUAUAGCCCAGUUCAACUUGAUGAGAAUCGUUUGUUAGCAAGUGCUGCCGCUGCUCCACCAAUGUUAAAGGAAUCGCCAGACUCUUCACCGGAAAUGACACGCGCAAGACCCAGUGGAACAAUAACUCUGAGUACGUUUCAGUCAUCCAAUCCAAACUCAGAAGAAAGUAUUUAUGCUUCAGGAAGUGACGAGGGAAGCAGUGGUCUGCAUCUCCGUGAAGCAUGCUAUGCAGCGGGUGGCGAAUUGGCUGCAUGUGGCACAGUUUCGCCACACAAUCAUACAUAUGCCAGUCUUGACGAUGUCUUGGAAUCACCACCUGUUCCUAAAAGACCGAAGGAUUUAUAUGUCCCGCAGCUUUCAGGAACAUUUAUAAAACACAGGGGGACACCCUUGCAAGAGAGGCAUCGGCACAGUAUUGUGUCAUCAGGAACAACGUCCUCUGCACAGGAAGAACUGUCACAGGUUUUAGAUAACGCCCAUGGUUUGAGAACCGACAGUGAGCAUGCAACGCCGAGGUCAACACCGCAAGUACCUCCAGAGUAUGCAAGUCAAAGUGAUAUGGAUAUUGGCAUUCGGCAUUUCACAGCGUCACCGCCGCUGCCGUAUGUCCCCGAAAGGAAGGAUAGUAAUUCGUCAUAUCAGCCAUCCAAUAAAAACCCAGGUUCAAAACCCAUUCUGCCUGGAAGAACAAGAAAAUCGGGGGAUGCAAGUGGAUUUGAGUCACCUGACCAUCCUCCGGUAGCUAUUUAUAGACCGCCGAGGUAUCGGGCACCCAGGCGACAACAAAAAAAGGGAGCCCAUGUUAUUGGUCGGCCUGUUAUCAGGGCAACAAGAGGACCAAUCAGAAGACAGAGGCGACCCGAGAGUAGCUGCAGCAGCAGUAGCAGUAACAACAGCCCAACAGAAGAUCUAACGUACACAGCGUCAAGAGAUAUGUCAAGUCCUUCAGAGGGAUACCUAUCAUACCAGUGUGACAGCCGAGCAGGUACACUCGGUAGUGGAGGACUUGUAAGCGGCUUCACAGACAGUGAUGCUGAGCCAAUUCAGUCCAGAAGAAAGUCACAUGGAGGAUCAGUAAGUGAACCGGAAAAAAGCCGAAGACUAUCGACGCCAUCCACGUUUAAGCCUCGUCCCAUCACUGUGACCCCCAUUCCUACUGUACAGUACGCUGUGGCUCCAAAAGAUAGAAACAUGCCCAGGCACAGGCCACAUACUGGCAGCUCGGGAGAGCCAUCAGAUGAGAGUCCGUUGACCCCUACCACUCCAUCGCAGCAGAAGAGGUUGAAAUACACAUGUUGA